AUGACUGGGCAGCUUUCAUCUCGAAAAACUUGUCGAUCUCCGCUACCAGAUCGUGAUUAUUUCGGCACGUUGGUGAACCCUUACCUUCACGGGGCUCUCAACACGCCGCGUUUCCGUGUCAACGACCAACGCACAGCGCGAGCUCGCGACAAACUGUUUCAAUCAGAUUGCAUGCCUUCGGAUUCUAUCUUUUAUGGUGUCGGGGCACGUGUAGAUGAAGACGGUAACAUCGUUGAGGCUGGACGAGUGAGCGGCACUCUCGGUAUGGAGAUCGAUACUUGGAGCUCACAUUCGCUUUCAACCUUAGUAGUAGCGAUCCUGACGCAGGAAUUGUUGGGGUAUGAGGUUUCAUUCUUUCAAGCUUCUGGGUCAGCCGAUAUGACCCAGCGCAUGUCUACCGUUGGAACUGGAAUUUGCUCGCCUACUCAAGUCAACGUCGAAGUGUGGCUGGAUGCAGCGACUCAGCGUGCCCUCGCAGUCUAUUACAACGAGUCCUCUUUCGUUGGGAGUGUUGGGUAUGACGGUCUUGCUGGGCUAUUCACAAGCUGCAAAGACUCAUGCUCGAAAUCCAAGGCUUGUACAACACGCGAAAGCAAAGGUGGAGAGUGCCUCGUAGUGAUAAUGAUGGACGCGUCUUACGAUGUUGGAUACCUGCAAGCGUCUCUAUCGAACAACGAUAUUCCUGCUUACUUUUGCUUCCUUGGAAUCAGUGGGGCGGCAAAAUAUGUAUCAGAUGCUCUAGCAAGCAACACACCGGUUGCCUUUUACAGUUAUCAACCAGACGAGUUUUUCCAACGCCGCACUGGCCAGGUUGAGAGGGUAGCUUUACCUUGGGCUACUCCGGAACAAACGGCUUUGCAUACAGGUGGCUUUGGCGAGAAUGGCUAUGGUGAAGUCACAGAUAACCCUGUUCGAGUCGAUUUUCCUCGAGUAACGCUUGCUUGUAACUGGCUUCGCAAACCCGAGAACUAUCAGAUUUGGCGUCAAUGGCUGGAACCACUACCAGACUGUGAAUUCGAUACACACUUUAGCUUCUCACUGGACGGAUGCGAAGCCAACACGGAUGGGGAAGAAUCCUUUCCUCGGCGUGCAAAGUUCUAUUGGAAAUCGCCGCGACCAGAUAAUAUCUCGCUGCCUUAUACAUGCGACCCAUACUAUUUACCGAACUCUGGACUACCUGGCACGUUGACCACUAGCCGUUCAUGUUCAUGGCUGACUGAAAACACCAACACAUGGAUCAUUUGGGCGUCAUUGGGCACGCAGCCGAUUUGUGAUACCAGCUUUUAUACGUACGAUGUCUCGGAUUGUACGGGCUCGGGACUACGCGAAGUGACAUUCCGCUGGCUGUUACCGGAAGCAAAUAAUGCCACGUUUUCAAGCGAGUGUACCGACGGAAAAGCUCUGCCUGAUCCAGUACUUAUCGACUGCGAAUACAUUCCCUACAACACCGCGGCGUCCAAAGCGGUGUUCUUUCUAGCGUGUUUGCUUGCAUGCGUUAUGCUGGGGUGCAUAGGCUUCGUGGUUUAUGAACGCGAACAACCUAUCGUGAAGCGAUCACAGUACCAGUUCCUCGUGACGAUGCUGCUUGGAGGAGCUCUCAUGUGCUUCGCUACUGUUAUCUACAGUGAUGCACCGUCUCGGGUUGUGUGUGCACUGCGUCCUGCACUGAUAUCGUGGGCUUUCACACUAAUCUUUGGCUCGCUGGUUGUCAAAUCGAUGCGUGUGUAUCGAGUAUUUCUAUCGAGCGCGAUGAAGCGCGUUGUGCUGUCUGCUGGAUCCAUGAUAAAGGUGCUCGCAGGGUUCUUGGUCGUGGACAUUGUGAUUCUAGUGUCAUGGCAGCUUGUAUCUCCAUCGGAUGCUAUCGUGAAGGCUGAAGCGGUAGCAGAAAUUGGCGGACUAGCUGUCGAUCGCGUGCGAUGUGCGUCCAGUAGCUCAGUGUUCGUGGGGCUUUUGUUCUUCUGGAAGGCAGGGAUGCUCUUCGGAGGAUUGUACUUGUCCAUAUUGAUCCGUAAGGUCUCAUCCGAUUUCCAAGAGUCGUUAUGGAUCUUCGCAUCGGCUUGUGUGGUGCUGUUCUCAAGUCUCUUGUUGCUACCGAUGGGCUACUUUGUGACUCUCUCGGCCACCGUUUUCUUCCUCUUCUUCUCCUUCAUCGUCUUGAGCGCUACUAUGCUUGUCCUCGGACUCAUGCUGGUGCCCAAGAUGAUGCGUCUACACGAUCUGGCUACCAGUGGUGCGAGCGAAGUGUCAAAAACAAUAAGAGAGAAGCAGACCGCGUCUUCCGGCUCAGAAUCUGAUGCACAGGUAGCUCCAUUGCCAUUGCGAUUGGGGGCUAGUAGGGGCAGCAGAAACAACAAGAAUGGUAAGCGAUACGACCAAUCAGCAUCCAGCGUUGGCGUUAGUAUCGCUUCUUCAUCAAGUGUCUGCAGUAUGAGGCUUCCUGGCGCACUCUUCGGCUCCACCGUGCGUCGUGGAGUCGCCACUCGCAGGGCCUUGGCUCGUCGGGAGAAGAGCACGCUGUCGUAUCGAGUCUUUGAGGACUCGAGCAGCGGACAGGAGCCAACCAAGACGGCGCUGGUGAUACACGGCAUUCUUGGGAACAAGCUCAACUGGCGCACGUUCUCCCAGAAACUAACGAAGGCGAACCCAGACUGGCGCUUCAUCUGCUUGGACCUGCGUGUUGAGCCGACGGCUGUGUUGGGACACUCAUUUGGUGGCAAGGUGGCGCUGACGUACUUGCAGCAAUGCAUGCAACACGACCGCGCCCCACCCAGUCAGGUGUGGGUCCUUGACUCCCUCCCUGGAACAGGUGCGACGGACUACGCGAGUCGGGACCUGACUAACUCGAUCGAGACGAUCCUACCGGUCGUCAAGAAAAUCCCAUUACCUAUCCGUUCCAAGGCUCAGCUUGUCAAGGACUUGCAGGGCCACGGUGUUGCGCUCGGUGAAGCGCAGUGGCUCACUACGAAUCUUCGUCUCACCAGUAAAAAUCCAGAGCUCUACGAGUGGAAAAUGGAUGUGGAUGUCAUCGAGCAACUCUUCCAGUCGUUCCUGGCGUCGGAUCUCUGGCCAGUCGUGGAGAAUCCACCAGUAACUGAGGGCAAGGACGUGGAGAUCCACUUUGUUCAUGCCUCCAAGAAUAAUAUGUGGACCUCCGACCUACUGGACCGUCUCGAUGCCCAGCAAGACAACCAGAAUUGUUCCUCGAUCGUCCAAGCGUCAACCAAGCGACUAUCGGUGGUCAUGUGGGCCACGUUGUGGCUGCUCAAGCUCCAUGUCGGGCUUCUGUUGCUAGCUGUUGUAUGCUCGGUGCCGUUUGUGGAUUUGGAAGGAAGCUCACUGCUUCCUGCUACUAUCUGCUCGGUCACGGAUGGCACUGCUAAUAGCGAUUUCAUUAAGACGACACUGCCGUAUCUUUUCGGGGAGAUCCCCGCAUCACUACACGUGAUCGUGGAGUCCUACGUCGCAGGCAAGAGCUGUGCUUUGACCAUGCUGUCGUCCAUCACGGUGUAUCAGGCGGACGGCAAGUGCCACAAGACAGCCGCGUCCGCAAGCUACAUGACAAGUAGAGCUGCUGACAAGUCGCAGUACGGCGUGCAGUAUGCUUUCGCUUUCGGCGACGCGCCGAACUGGAACGAUGUUGCCGCUGCAUUUGGCUUAAGUCCCUACGUGGUUGUGGAGAAGAAUGAAAUAUGUGGUGACAAUCGACUUUUACACGAACUCGUCAAGCUGUGGCUUCGAAAAGUCGACGCCACAAGCAACGUGUGCAUCAGCUCUGGAUUUACAGACAUCAAGGUCUUCACACCGUUCUAA